AUGGCCUACGUCGUGCCCAUCCACCGGGCGAGCAGCAUCCGCCAUGCAGUCAAACUCAACUUCUUCGCCCCGGAAGAAGAGUGCCUAGUAGCAGCAAAAGCCAGCCAUCUCGAGUUCUACACAGUCACGCCCGAUGGAAUCGUUCUCACCGCGACUCGCGCCCUGUAUGCGCGGGUGACCAUGCUGGCGCGGCUACCCGCCCCAGCGAACUCGCCAACAGACCAUCUCUUCGUCGGCACAGAUCAAUACAACUACUUUACAAUAACGUGGGACCGCAAGAUAGAGCAGAUCAAAACCGCACGCAGCUACGUCGACAUCUCCGAGCCCUCGUCCCGGGAGUCUCAAUGCGCACCGCGGUGUUUGAUUGACCCCACGGGGCGGUUCAUGACACUGGAAGUAUACGAGGGGGUGAUAGUGGUUGUGCCGAUUGUGCAGCCGACGAAGAAGCGAGGGCGGAUGUCGACGGCCGGAGCCCAGGCUGAUCUGCCGCUGCAGGUGGGAGAACUGGAUAAGCCGACCACAUCCCGGAUUGAUGAGCUUUUCGUUCGGGAUUCGGCGUUUCUGCAUUCAGAGUCUAAUCCCUGGUUUGCAUUGCUGUACGAGGAUAACCAGCAGAAGGUGCGGUUGCGGGUUCGCGAGUUGGAUUUCACACCUGGCACUGCGGGGACUUUGGCGGAUGCUACUUUUAAGGAGGUGCAGAAGCUGGACGGGGGUGAAUUUGGACAGGAGCUUGAUCUCGGCUCAUCGCAUCUAAUUCCCAUUCCGGCACCGCUGGGCGGUCUGAUCGUGCUCGGGGAGACGUCUAUCAAGUAUAUCGACGAUAAUGCAAAUGAUGUGAUCACGCGGAACCUGGACGAGGCAACGGUCUUUGUGGCCUGGGAGAAGGUCGAUAGUCAGCGGUGGCUGUUGGCUGACGACUAUGGGAGGUUGUUCUUUUUAUCGUUCAUUUUGAACAACCAGGGCGGGAUUGAUGACUGGAAGCUCGAGUAUUUGGGCAAGACAGCUCGUGCAUCGGUGUUAGUCUACCUCGGCGGAGGCAUGUUGUUUGUCGGCUCGCAUCACGGCGACUCACAGGUGCUGCGGCUUGAUGGAAGCUCGUUCGAGGUCAUUCAAACCUUGUCGAACAUCGCACCUAUCCUCGACUUCACUAUCAUGGACCUUGGGAACCGCACGAAUGAGAGUCAGACACAUGAGUUUUCGUCCGGACAAGCUCGAGUAGUGACGGGCUCUGGAGCCUUUGACGAUGGGACUUUGCGCAGCGUGCGCAGUGGUGUCGGCAUGGAGGAGCUAGGUGUGUUGGGCGAGAUGGAGCACAUCACUGAUCUCUGGGGAUUGCAGACUCGAAGCGGCAGCGACUUCCUGGAUACACUGAUCGUCACAUUUGUUGACGAAACACGCGUGUUCCAGUUUAGCCCCGAUGGUGAAGUUGAGGAAGUGGAUCACUUCCUGGGACUAUCACUCACGGAAAGCACUCUCCUGGUUACAAGACUGCAGGGUGACCGUAUUCUUCAAGUCACAGACCGACAAGUGUUGGUCGCUGAUACUGAAAGCGAAAUGGUAACCUUUGAAUGGGCACCUCCGAGCCAGAAGUUGAUCACUGCCGCAUCAGCUAACGAGGAGCACCUCGUCCUUGUUGUUAGUGGGCAGGUCGUGCUGUCAUUUGAUAUCAGCGGCGAUCCUCGCCUCAUCGCAGAUAAAGACUUCGGCGCUGACCAGCAAAUUUCUGGCUUGACUGUUCCCUCAACGCCAACGGGCGUCUUCAUCGCCGGAUUCCCUCAGUCCGCACAGGUGUCAAUAGUGACUAUUGAGGAUUUUUUGGUCCUUUGGAGAGAAUCCCUCGGUCCUACGGGGGAGAGCUUCCCUCGGUCAGUUCUCGUGGCUGAAGUGCUCGCAGACGCCGAACCUACCCUUUUCAUCUCGAUGGCUGAUGGUUCUGUCAUCACCUUCUCGCUGUACACACAAGACUAUUCCCUAAGCAAGAUGCACAAGUUGAUUCUUGGUUCCGAACAACCCACAUUCAAGAAGCUCCCCAAAGGCAACGGCUUAUACAAUGUCUUCGCUACUUGCGAGAACCCUAGCUUGAUAUACGGCUCCGAAGGGCGGAUCAUCUACUCAGCAGUGAACUCCGAGGGUCCAUCACGGAUAUGCCAUUUGAACACAGAGGCGUUUCCAGAUUCCAUCGCUGUGGCGACUGAGAAGGAGCUGAAGAUCGCGCUGGUUGAUAAAGAGCGCACAACCCAAAUCCAAACGCUACCGAUGGGUUCAACUGUCCGUCGUGUUGCCUACUCCCCGUCUGAAAAGGCGUUUGGGAUCGGCACGAUAGACCGCAAGCUCGAAGGUGGCGUGGAAGUUAUCAAGAGCCAAUUUGUCCUCGCUGACGAGAUCAUGUUCCGGCGCCUUGAUGCGCUAGAACUGAAACCUGACGAACUCGUGGAGAGUGUUGUUCGCGCAGAGCUUCCUGCCGGGAAAGAUGAGGAUGGAAAAGACAUUACGAAGGACCGGUUCAUUGUCGGCACGGCAUUCUCAGACGAGGAGCGGGAGGAAUCUAUCCGCGGGCGGAUCCUCAUUCUGGAAGUCGAUCACGGCCGUAAGCUGAGCCAAGUGGCCGAGCUGCCGGUCAAGGGCGCCUGUCGUGCUCUAGCUAUGAUGGGCGGUUGUGUUGUUGCGGCACUCGUCAAGACCGUGGUCGUAUACCAGAUUAAAACUAACAACGUUGGGCCGAUGAAGCUCGAGAAGCUCGCUGCAUAUCGGACCUCCACUGCGCCGGUCGAUGUCACAGUCGUCGACAAUCUGAUCGCGGUGGCAGAUCUGAUGAAGAGCCUCUGCCUUGUUAAAUAUACCCCAGGCCAAGCGGGCGAGCCGGCCAAGCUGACCGAAGUCGGCCGUCACUACCAAACCGUCUGGAGCACAGCGGUUGCCUGCGUUGGAGACGAGACGUUCCUCCAGAGCGACGCCGAGGGUAACCUCAUCGUUCUAUCACAGAACAUGAAUGGCGUCACCGCGCAGGACAAGCACAGGCUCGUCCCUACCAGCGAGAUAUCGCUGGGUGAGAUGGUCAAUCGGAUUCGACCAAUCAGUAUUCCCCAGCUUUCCAGUUUGACUGUAACACCGCGGGCGUUCAUGGCAACAGUCGAGGGCUCCAUCUACCUCUUCGCUGUUAUCGGACCCGAACACCAGGACUUCCUAAUGACCCUGCAGGCCGUUAUCUCCGAGAAAGUCGAGUCCUUGGGUAACUUGCCCUUCAACAAGUUCCGCGGAUUCAGGACUAUGGUACGCACCUCUGAUGCGCCGUACCGUUUCGUGGACGGCGAGCUUAUUGAAGAGUUCUUGAAAUGCUCGCCAAGCAUGCAAGAGGAGAUCGUGCAGGAGAUUGGUUCCGACGUGGAGGAGGUCAAGGCAACGAUCGAGGCCUUACGGAGACUGCACUGA